GUUGAUUUGGUUGCUGACUCAGAAGAUCACCGAGAAUCUGAAGAAUUGUGAAGUUCGAGUCGCAGAAAUAUUGUAAAUAUUGUCCUCCCCAUCGCAAAGCUAAAUGCAACAACAUCUCAAGGAUCAACUAGCUGAACUACGACUCUGUCUUGCAGCAUUGCCAGCAGACAUACCUAUUCCAAAGGAGUCAAAGUAUAAAUUCUUGAACUUCAGCCCAGAUGCUGAAUGGGCUGCAGACAUUGGCGAGGCUGCUGCCAUCAAUCGAGAGCUAGAAAAAUUUCCGGGUGAUGUUAUCCUGGAGAAAUGGGUUGACGACACUCUUGAAGCUGCGCGGGGCCUCAUUCUUGCCACUGGAAAAGCUUCAAUCAUACUCAGAUACCUGGGAAACGAAAGCCUAAGGUUCAGAAGCUCGAAUACCCACAUAUUGUCAACCUUCGAUGACGACCGGUACAUCAGUGCUGGUGAAGAUGAGGACAGUCGAAAAGGUGGUGCCAAGAUGCACCCACUGCUUCGCAAGCAAGUGGUCCCACUGGGGAAAAACUUGUUUGGUGCAUUGCCAGCCGUGGCUGUAACAUCGCCUGGUCAUGGCCAAGAGCUCGGCAACUCCCAACAUACUCAUACUUUGAAACAGCCAGUAGCACCAACAGUCGCUCCUUCCGUCAAAUGGCGAGAUAUAUGUUCAGACUCGGAUGCCGAAGCUGGGGAUUGGCUUGAUAAUGGUGAUAUUGCAGACCAUGUGGGUUUAGCUGGCGUGAAAAGCACUGAGUUCAAUGUGGGUAAAGAUAUUGACUUAUCAUCCACUUACCUCCUCAAUAUCCUGUCAGACCACACCGUACAGCCCACGGUUGCUUGCGGAGGCCUGUUGACACCAAAGGUGAUGGCUGAUCAAGCCACAACUUCGUCCUUGACAUCGAUGGAUGACGAGUGGGAGAAAUGGUGA